CCAAGUAUGCACAAAAGUACUUUCUGUAUUGCACAUUGUUUUCCUCGUUUGUUUUUGUCGAAUUUCCGAGUGUUGUAAGUUUCAAAGUUAUACACACUGUUUUUAAUACAAGUGUCAUUUCGUGGUUUUUAAACUUAAUUUAGUUUCGCUUACUCAUCAUUCGCCAUUGAAAAUUGAAAUACUUGUAACAUGAUCUCAAAGUUUUGAUAGGUGGUCAUUAAAAUUUAAUCGAAACAUGAUGACUUCGACGACAACGCUCCCCUGCAUAUUUUGCACAGAACCGACAUCUUUCCCCCCACCCGAGAAGUUAAAUUCGCCAAUAAAAUUUCGACAAGAACAAGAGAAAACAUUUAGAUUUUUAUGUGAUUCGCUCAAAAUCCAUUCGUCCACGUUCCUCAAUUUUCCAGUGUGUCAAGACUGUACGAAGCUGUUUGACAAAUUGACCCUUCUUCAACAAGAGUUAGGUCGAGUGCAAGAAGCAAUUCAACUCGUUUCCGAUCAGAUAAAGACAAAAGUGGAAGAAUCAGUACAAACUGGAGGUGUGGUUGCCUCGGGUCAUACAACGCCUGGACUUGAAAGAACACUCGAGUUUGUAAAGGCGUUCAGGGACAAGGUUGCAAUUCCUACAACAGUUCCAGUAUCAUCAACAAUUGAUUUCGGUCGAGUCUACUAUUUAACGGCUGUGGACCAAGCUCACCAACCGCCAACAUACGUUGUGACCGGAACCAGUACAGAAUUUUAUAAUGACGAAGGUGGAUGCGAAGAAAUUACAGUCACCGUUUCAACAGAUGAUGUAGAAGGCUGUGAAAAUAAUAGUCUUUCAGCAUCUGAAGAAGAAGAUACAGUAAUUGAACUUGUUGAGCAAGAACCACGAUCGAAGAAACAGAAUCCAUCUGCAGCAAAACGAAAGUUAAAGAGAACUUCAAAUUCACCAAUAAGAAAACAAAGACGAUUAUCACAAACGGCAUGUGAACCACCAAGACAAAAAGAUGGAAAACUUUCAAUCCAAAGGCCACCUAAAAUUGAAUUAAAUUUGCCUUACAAAUGUGAAAUUUGUACUUGGUCAUUUAAUAUGCCUCAUAAAUUGAAAUUACAUAUGUCUACACACACUGGGAUAAGCAAAUUCAAAUGUGAACAAUGCAAUGUAUCUUUCAAAACAUCAAGCUCAUUGAAAUCUCAUAAUGAGGAAACUCAUGGAUCAACAAAUCCGUAUAAGUGUGAUAAAUGUGACAAGAGAUAUAUUCUUGCUUCUGGAUUAAGAUUGCAUAUGGGCUCUCACGUGGAGGAAUUGACCUGUUCAAUAUGCAGUGAUGGAAAACAAUUCAAAUCAAGACAUAUCUGGAGGAGGCAUAUGAAGAGUCAUGAUACAGAAUCACAAAUUCAUUGCUGUUGCUUCUGUCCACUUAGUUUUACCAGGAGAGAAGACAUGAUUGGACACAUGACAAGGAUUCACAGAGCCGAUCAAGGUGCUAAACCAUGCAAUAUUUGUUCCAAAGAGUUUGAUUCUGCUAUCGCGUUGAUAACACAUGUUUAUACUCACGCGUCCGACAGAGAAAUAAAAUGUCAAGGAUGUGACUUGAGUUUCUCUACACGCGAUGAAUUUAGCAUCCACAAUGAAGAAAAGCAUGGAAUCACAUGUCCAAAAUUUGCAUGUGAUAAAUGCAACUUAGUUUUGCUCUCUGAAAGAUCUCAUGCCAUUCACACCAAGUUACACAAACCAAUCUCUGCAGCAUCACAGAAAGCAAUUGACAUUGUAAAACGAAAUGGGCCCAAAUGUAGAGUCUUCACCUGUUUCGAUUGUCACCAAGAAUUCACAAGUAUGCCAAAAUUAAAGAAACACAAGUUGGAAUCACAUGGGGACGAUGUAACCAAAAAUUUUAAAUGUACAAAAUGUGUGCUUACAUUCGAUGAUGAUGAAGCGUUACAAGAUCACAUUGAAAAUCAUCCACCAGAAAAUAGUCUAAUUUGCGAACUUUGUGAUAAAGAAUUUAGAAAUUCUACCAGCCUAAAACGUCAUCAUUUCUUAACACAUCGGGUAACUGGAAAACCAUUUCCUUGUAAACAUUGUACUUACAGUAGUCGGAGGAAAGAUGAUUUGAAAAAACAUGAACGAAUAAUGCAUCCUGCCGAUGGAGCAGUAAAAAUCAAUAAACAGCGUCAACCAGCAGAAAUAUGUCCAACGCCAUGCUCAAUUUGUGGAAAAAUCUUUCCCACACUAAAAGGCUGCCGUCAACACGCAUCAAUGUAUCACAUAAAUCCAGAAACAAAUUAUGAAUGCGAGCAUUGUGGGAGAGUUUCAAAACGAAGAGAAGAUUUAAUACGUCAUCUCAAAAUUCAUGUCGAAAAAUCUCCAGUUGACCACAUUUGCAACAUUUGUGACAUAGCAUUCAAAAGCAAACAAAAUUUGAAACGACAUGUGCAAGUAAUCCAUGAAGAUAUUGGUCGUCCAUAUCUUUGUGAUCUCUGUAACAAAUCUUUUAAACGCAAGGACGAUGUUUAUAAGCACAUUGGAAUACUGCAUAAGAAAUACUACAGCAAUAAACAUACUCAUGUUGUAUUCAAGGCACAUAAACCAACCACCAGGACUCGGAGUGGUGGAGAAGCAGAUAUAGAACCCGUUGUAGAAAUGGAUAUCAAUAUUGAUGAGUUGAAAUGUCAAUAUUGCGAGAAGUACCUGGCAAGUAAAGGUUUCUUGAAGGAACAUCUACUGCAACAUACUGGUGUAAUGGUGUCUGAUAAUACAAGGACCAAGAAGAAGUUAAAACUUCAAACAACAGGUUUCAAGAUUGUGGUUAGGCCAGAGAUUGGUGAGGAUGAGAUUGAUAAAGAAGACUCAAGUUCAAGUGAGAUAAAUGAUGAUGCCUGCGACAAAAAUGAUACAGUUCCUUCAUUAGUUUGUGUGGAGAAAAUUCAUUAACAGUUCUAUUAAGUAGAUCUAUCUGGAACAUUUUUGUAAAUUUUUAACGUGAAAACACUUGAACUUUAUAAUACAUUAAAUUUAAUUGUCAAUUAUGUUUGCUUCUGUAAUUCAUCUAUUAUCAUGUUUAUUUGCAAAUAACCUUGUUGAUCUAAUGAAAUGUCAAGUACAUCGUGUCGUACAUUGGUCUCGCAUUUUCAGUCUUGUUUGUUAUUCAAUAAUCAUUUCUUUUAUGCAACUAAAUAAAUAAUAUAAAGCGUGAUCUAUGUAUCCAUCUGCAGAGUAUAAUAAAAAAAUUUUAUGUAAA